UUAAAAGAAAAAUCAUUUCGUAAAUUACAAUAAUUUCCCUGAAGUGUUUAUGUGGUGGGGAUGGGCUCGAUAAACCAAAAAGACUUGGGCUCGGCCCAUUGGGCCUAGAAUCCUCCUCACGUGCUUGAACCGGGAGAAACAUUUUUCACCCACUGAAAUUACCGAAAUGCUCCCCGGAUUCCGUUCCACAUAUGGAAAUUACAACGCCACGGGAUAAGAAAAUACACGUUUAAGAGACCGAGAAGGGGUAAUUCCGUCAUAAUAUUCUUAACCGAACAACCAGAUGGCCUCAACCUGUUGACUAGGGAUCAGCGGCUUCCGUUAAUGGAGGAAGAAAUUUUACAGCCGGCCAUCGGAACCCUAUCCGAAGAACGAAUCAAAUUCAGCGUCGGCGGCGAUCUCUUCCAGACCACCGUCUCCACCAUACGCUCCGGCGGCCCGGACUCGCUCUUGUAUGCUCUAUCCAACCGGCCGAGCGACGACC